CAGGGAUCCUCCAUUCUUAAUUUGUUUUAAUUUUAGUUGCCCUUCCUCUGUGAACUCUUAUUUUCCACCUUAUAUUGGAGUAUUUUGCUGCUGCUGUUGUGUUUUUGCGGUGAGACAGCUCUGGUCUGUGUGUAUUUCAUUGUGGGAUUGGAAAGUUGUGGAAGAGACUGGGAGAGAGUGGAAAGGAAGGGAGGGGGAAGAAAAAAGGGGAUAAGUCAUCUAACCAGCCAGCCAAAGGAGAGGUGGGCGACACAAGGAGAGGAGGGAACCAACAGUAAGUCAGAGAUUUUACAGUAAGUGAGAGUGAAUAGAAGCUGUAGGACAUGAACUGAAAAUGGCUCAGCGUCUGCGUUUGUACUUUGGAUCUGGCCGUAGCAACACUGCUCCGGAGAUGCUGGAAACGGACCCAGAGGAGCAUGAAGGAGAGAGGGAAGCGGGUAGAGCACACUAUGCGCGGCCUCCUCCAUUACCUAGGCCUCCUCGGGAGUCUGCAGCGCAACAUAUCCCUUCUGGAAGUUAUGGUUUACGUUCGGAGCCUUCACUCAAAAGGAGCUCUUCCAUGUUCAUACCACAGCUCACUUACUACCCCGAACAACGAACCACCAAGAGCUCGUCGGUGCAGAUCUCUCUCCAGCCGUCUAAUGGAUCAAUUAGAAGAAAUUCUGAUAGCCUUGUUGAUGAUGUCCCACCACCUUGUUAUACUCCACCUGGACCUGCGCCUGCGUAUCCUGAACCCCGGAUUCAGGAAGACUUUCCUCACCAGCCACCUCCUCCAUACUACAACCCAGAUUCUUUAAACUCUCAAUCAUUGCUGAAUGAACCAAACCUUCCCAAACGCAGAGUUUUUAGCAUUGGGUCGAGUGGAUAUCCUACAGUUAAUGGAGGCGCCCCUGGUUUUAGUGUUGGUACCAUUUGUAUCCAGAGAAAUUCUCCGGAGAAUUUUGAUGUCCAACAUUUCAGGAUCCAUCCUUACUGUGGAGAUGGUCGGCAGCAGAGUCAAGAGCCAUGUUCUGGUGUUAAUGGUGCGACACAGAGGCUGGUUUUCCAGCUGCAGCAAAACCAGGAUCAGACCCAGGAUAGUCAGCAGACUGCUGGAUCCCAGGAGGACUUUGGUAGAGAAAGCCCAAGAGGCAUCCGCACGGUCCGUUACCCAAGAAUUCGACUACAGAGGAGCUCCUCUCAUCCCAGGCUGCUGCUGGAAAAUAAACAUCAGAAGAAUGUGGCAGACUUCCAAACCAUAGAGGAGAAUCAGACUGAUGUGGAACUGGAAACAAAGGAUAGAUCAAAAUGUUGUACUUUUAAAAUCAGUGGGGAAAAUCCGAGGAGACAGCCGCAUUUCAAGAUAUUCUUCACCCAAAGUGGAAGUGGAGAUCAGGAUGUAACACUUAGCAAGCAGCUGACAACAAAUGAACCCAAGACUAGAGAUGAUUUCCUUGGACAAGUCGACGUUCCUCUCAGUCAUCUGCCGACAGAGGACCCAGCUAUGGAGCGUCCAUACACGUUUAAAGACUUCCUGUUACGGCCAAGAAGCUCAUGUGUUCGUUCCAGUCAUAAGUCCAGGGUGAAGGGCUACUUGCGUCUGAAAAUGGCCUAUCUGCCCAAACAAGGAGGACAAGAGGAGGAGGCUGGAGAGAUGAGGGAAGAGGCUGAGGGUUGGGAUGAGUCUGCAGAUUCAGGCUCCCAGAGGCCCCAGCAGCUGCUGCCUCCUUUGCCUCCAGGCUGGGAAGAAAAAGUGGACAACCUCGGACGCACUUACUAUGUCAACCACAAUAACCGCACUACACAGUGGAAACGGCCUUCCAACGUGGAUGUAAUCUCAGAAACUGAGAGUGACAACCAGCAGCGGCAAAUAAAUCAAGAGGCACAUCGUGUUUUCCGUUCACGCCGUCACAUCAGCGAGGACCUUGAGAAUGAGCGGCUGGACUCCAGGGACCUUGACAAUUCCUGGGAGCUCAUCACCGAAGAGGAUCCCAACGAGAGCCUUGCCCAGCCUUUGCCAGCCCCCGCCUCCAUUUUGACCCCACAGCAGUCCCCAACACCUGCUGCUCAGGAGUUCUCUGAAGAUUUAAACCUAAGGCUUUCAAUCACCCCUGAAACAAAUGGUGAACUGCCAGGACCCAGCUCCUCUCUGAGCCAGCUGUCAAACAGACUCCGGUCUUCAAGUAUGACAGAUGGUGUCAGUGAUCAGGCCCAGGCUCCUCCUCUAACGCAGGGUUCCCAGACCAGAAGAACAAGAGCUCAAACAGUCUCAGGUGGUGAAGAGCCCAUGUCCCCCUCGGCAGCUCCCUACGCCUUGACCACCCCCGGUCUGCCCCCUGGAUGGGAGGAGAGGAAGGACGCCAAGGGAAGAACUUAUUACGUCAAUCAUAACAACCGCACCACUACUUGGACUAGGCCAAUUGUGCAGCUGACUGAAGAUGGAGCCAGUACCUCAGCAGCAGUAGCAUCAGGGGCAUCCUCGGCCCUAGUACCAGCUUCCUCCCCUUCCUCAUCCUCUUCCAAUGCUUUCAACCACCACCUCCAUGAGCCUCAAGUCCGACGACCUCGUAGCCUCAGCUCUCCCACUGUCACCCUUUCCACCCCCUUGGAGGGUGCCAACAAUAUCCAGGUGCGGAGGGCUGUUAAAGACACCCUGUCCAAUCCUCAGUCUCCUCAGCUAUCGCCUUACAGCUCCCCAAAAACACAACACAAGACCCAGCAGAGCUUCCUGCCCCCUGGCUGGGAGAUGAGGAUAGCCCCAAAUGGACGGCCUUUUUUCAUCGACCACAACAGCAGAACCACCACCUGGGAGGACCCCAGGUUGAAAUAUCCAGUCCAUAUGAGGAAUAAGAACUCGAUGGAACCUGGUGAACUUGGUCCUCUCCCUAACCUACCAGAGGAGCCUGGAUGGGAGGAAAGGGUUCACACAGAUGGACGCACUUUCUACAUUGACCACAAUACGAAGACCACGCAGUGGGAGGACCCUCGUUUACAGAGCCCAGCGAUCACAGGGCCUGCUGUUCCUUACUCUAGAGAGUUCAAGCAGAAAUAUGACUAUUUCAGGAAGAAAUUAAAGAAACCGGCGGAUAUCCCCAACCGAUUUGAGAUGAAGCUACACAGGAACAACAUCUUUGAAGAGUCCUACCGUCGGAUCAUGUCCCUGAAGAGGCCCGAUGUUCUAAAAGCACGAUUAUGGAUCGAGUUUGAAUCGGAGAAAGGAUUGGACUAUGGUGGCGUAGCCAGGGAGUGGUUCUUCCUCCUGUCUAAGGAAAUGUUCAAUCCGUAUUACGGCCUGUUCGAGUACUCUGCCACGGACAACUACACUCUCCAAAUCAAUCCAAACUCUGGCCUCUGCAACGAGGAUCAUCUUUCCUAUUUCAAGUUCAUCGGUCGUGUUGCAGGAAUGGCCGUGUUUCAUGGAAAACUGCUGGAUGGCUUUUUCAUCCGUCCUUUUUAUAAGAUGAUGCUGGGGAAACAGAUAUCGCUUAAAGACAUGGAGUCUGUGGACAGUGAGUACUAUAACUCCCUAAAAUGGAUUCUGGAAAAUGAUCCCACCGAGCUUGACCUGAGGUUCUGUAUCGACGAGGACAACUUUGGACAGACGUAUCAGGUUGACCUGAAGCCCAGCGGAUCAGACAUGGUGGUCACCAAUGAGAACAAGAAGGAAUACAUUGACUUGGUCAUCCAGUGGAGGUUUGUCAACCGGGUCCAGAAACAGAUGAACGCCUUCUUGGAGGGAUUCACUGAACUCAUUCCAAUAGAUUUGAUCAAGAUCUUUGAUGAAAAUGAACUUGAGCUGCUCAUGUGCGGUCUGGGCGAUGUCGACGUUAAUGACUGGAGGCAGCACACGGUUUACAAGAAUGGCUACUGUCCCAACCAUCCGGUUAUACAGUGGUUCUGGAAGGUUGUCCUGUUGAUGGACGCUGAGAAGAGAAUCCGACUCCUCCAGUUUGUGACGGGGACAUCACGUGUGCCGAUGAAUGGCUUCGCUGAACUCUACGGUUCUAAUGGCCCUCAGCUGUUUACGAUUGAGCAGUGGGGAACACCAGAGAAGUUGCCAAGAGCUCACACAUGUUUUAACCGCUUGGAUCUGCCCAGUUAUGAAUCCUUCGAGGACCUGAGAGAGAAACUCCUCAUGGCGGUGGAGAACGCUCAAGGCUUCGAGGGAGUCGACUAAAGCACCCCCUACUGACUGAAUCCAACAAUACCAA